AUGGAGCAAGAGGAGGACACUGGCCCAGAGGUGGGCUUCUCUCUGGCCACCCUAUGGUCCUGGGGUCUGGAGCUGAUGGAGCAGCAUUCCCAGUCCACCAUGCUGCUGGGGAUUGUCACUGGAGUCCUCCUGGCCCUGGCCCUCAUCGGCACCACCAUCAUUUUUGUGUACAGAAGGGUUAGCCAAUUCCGACAGGUGCAGCCCAGUCCUCAGUACAGGUUCCGGAAAAGAGACAAGGUGAUGUUCUACGGCAGGAAGAUCAUGAGGAAGGUGACCACACUUCCCCACACACUUGUGGAGAACACAGCUGCCCCCCGGCAGCGGGUGAGGAAGAGGGCCAAGGUGCUGUCUUUGGCCAAGAGGAUCCUGCGAUUCAAGAAGGAAUACCCUACCUUGCAGCCAAAGGAACCCCCGCCCUCCCUGCUGGAGGCUGACCUCACAGAGUUUGAUGUGAAGAAUUCUCACCUGCCGUCAGAAGUUCUGUACAUGCUGAAAAAUGUCCGGGUCCUGGGUCACUUUGAGAAGCCGCUGUUCCUGGAACUUUGCAAACACAUGGUCUUUGUGCAGCUUCUGGAAGGGGAGUACAUCUUCCGGCCGGGGGAGCUGGACAACAGCAUCUAUGUGGUGCAGGAUGGGCGGCUGGAGGUCCGCGUCCAGGACUCGGAUGGCACUGAGGUGACGGUCAAGGAGGUUCUGGCUGGAGACAGCGUCCACAGCCUCCUCAGCAUUCUGGAUGUCAUCACUGGCCACGCCGCGCCGUACAAAACGGUGUCUGCCCGUGCUGCCGUCCCCUCCACCAUCCUCCGGCUCCCAGCUAUGGCUUUUCAAGGAGUUUUUGAGAGAUAUCCUGAAACUCUGGUGAGGGUGGUGCAGAUCAUCAUGGUACGGCUGCAGAGGGUCACCUUUCUGGCUCUGCACAACUACCUGGGCCUGACCACGGAGCUCUUCAACCCCGAGAGCCAGGCCAUCCCACUCGUGUCUGUGGCCAGCGUGACUGCCGGGAAGGCCAAGAAGCCGACGUGCUGCAGUCUGGAGGAGCGGCCGGAGAGGCCACCUCGGCCCCAGGAGCCCUGCAUCCCAGAUCACGGGGGCAGCCGCACUGCAGUCUGUGGGCCUCUGCCCAAGAGGAGCCACCCCGUCCUGCUGCCUUCUGUCCACGAAGAGGUGGUGGCCGAGCUCAGCCAGGCCCAGGCCGGCAUCCAGGCCUCUUCAGCUCCCGCAGGGGCCACAGCAGGUGCCACCUCAGACCUGAGGAUGGUGUGUGACCGAGCCUGGGUCCCGCCGCACUCAGAAGAGCGCCCCGGGGGCGCUGUGGCCAGCAAGCCCAGGAAGAGUGUGGUUGUUGCAGAGACCCCAUCGGCCGUCCUCCCCAACUCGGACAGUACCUUGGACGAGUCUGUCGCCAGCAAGAAGACAGAUUCCAUCCUCAGAGCCGCCACACAGGACCUGCUCACCCUGAUGAAGCUGGAUGACCCUUCUCUGUUAGAUGGCCGGGUGACGCUUGUCCACGUUGCAGGGGGCACGGUGGUGUUGAGGCAGGGAGACCAGGACACGAGUAUCCUCUUCGUGGUCUCGGGGCUGCUGCACGUGUACCAACGGAAGAUUGACAGCGAGGAGGACACGUUCCUGUUCAUGGCACGGCCCGGUGAGAUGGUGGGCCAGCUGGCGGUGCUCACGGGCGAGCCCCUCAUCUUCACCAUCAGGGCCAACCGGGACUGCAGCUUCCUGUCCAUCUCCAAGGCGCACUUCUACGACAUCAUGCGGAGGCAGCCGGCUGUGGUCCUGAGCGUGGCGCACACCGUGGUGAGGCGGGUGUCGUCCUUCGUGCGGCAGAUCGACUUCGCCCUCGACUGGAUGGAGGUGGAGGCCGGGCGCGCCAUAUACAGGCAGGGAGACAAGUCCGACUGCACCUACAUCGUGCUCAGCGGCCGCCUGCGCGCUGUUAUCCAGAAGGACGAUGGCAAGAAGCGCCUGGCUGGCGAGUACGGCCGCGGAGACCUCGUGGGCGUGGUGGAGACGCUCACCCGCCAGGCCAGGGCGACCACAGUGCAUGCCAUUCGGGACUCAGAGCUGGCCAAGCUUCCGGAAGGAGCCCUGAACUCCAUCAAGCGCCAGUACCCGCAGGUUGUGACUCGACUGAUUCGCCUCUUGGGCGAGAAGAUCCUGGGCAGCCUCCAGCAGGGAGCUGCGGCAGGCCACCAGUUCAGGUUCCAUACUGUGGGCGGCAAGUGGGACUCGGGGAACCCCGCCAGCAACCUCUCCACGGUGGCCGUCAUGCCAGUGUCGGAGGACGUGCCCCUCACCGCCUUCACCCUGGAACUCAAGCAUGCCCUCAGCGCUAUCGGCCCUGCCCUGCUGCUGACCAGUGACAGCAUAAAACAGCGCCUUGGCUCUGCUGCUCUGGACAGUAUCCACGAGUACCGGCUGUCCAGCUGGCUGGGGCAACAGGAGGACAUCCAUCGGAUCGUGCUCUACCAGGCGGACAGCACGCUCACGCCCUGGACCCAGUGCUGCAUCCGGCAAGCGGACUGCAUCCUCGUCGUGGGCCUGGGCGAGCAGGAGCCCACUGUUGGCGAGCUGGAGCGGAUGCUGGAGACCUCCGCCGCGCGUGCCCAGAAGCAGCUGGUGCUGCUGCACCGGCAGGACGGGCCCGCGCCAGCCCGCACCGUGGACUGGCUCAACAUGCGGGGCUGGUGCUCCGGCCACCUGCACCUCUGCUGCCCUCGCCGAGUCUUCUCCAGGAGGAGCCUGCCCAAGCUGGUGGAGCUGUACGAGCGGGUCUGCCAGAGGCCCCCGGACCGGCACUCGGACUUCUCCCGCCUGGCGAGAGUGCUGACCGGCAACGCCAUUGCCUUGGUCCUUGGGGGAGGGGGCGCAAGAGGCUGCGCGCAGGUGGGCAUCAUCCGGGCCCUGACGGAGUGCGGCAUCCCCGUGGACAUGAUCGGAGGGACGUCCAUCGGGGCCUUCAUGGGCGCCCUGUACUCGGAGGAACGCAGCUAUAGCCAGAUCCGCAUACGGGCCAAGCAGUGGGCGGAGGACAUGAUGUCGAUGGUGAAGACCAUGCUGGACCUGACCUACCCCAUCACUUCCAUGUUCUCGGGGGCUGGCUUCAACAGCAGCAUCUCCAGCGUCUUCAAGGACAGGCAGAUCGAGGACCUGUGGAUCCCGUAUUUCACCAUCACCACGGACAUCUCCGCCUCUGCCAUGCGGGUCCACACGGAUGGAUCGCUGUGGAGGUACGUGCGUGCCAGCAUGUCCCUGUCGGGCUACAUGCCCCCACUCUGCGACCCCAAAGAUGGGCACCUGCUGAUGGACGGGGGCUACAUCAACAACCUCCCAGCGGAUGUGGCCAGGUCAAUGGGGGCAAAGGUGGUGAUUGCCAUCGAUGUGGGCAGCCGGGAUGAGACAGACCUCACCAACUACGGGGACGCGCUCUCGGGAUGGUGGCUCUUGUGGAAGCGCUGGAAUCCCUUGGCCACGAAGGUCAAGGUGCUGAACAUGGCUGAGAUCCAGACGCGCCUGGCCUAUGUGUGCUGUGUCCGGCAGCUGGAGAUGGUGAAGAGCAGUGACUACUGCGAGUACCUGCGCCCCCCAAUCGACAGCUAUGGCACCCUGGAGUUCAGCAAAUUUGAUGAGAUCUGCGAGGUGGGGUACCAGCAUGGCCGGACAGUGUUUGACAUCUGGGGUCGCAGCGGUGUGCUGGAGAAGAUGCUGCAGGACCGGCAGGGGACAAGCAAGAUGAAGGCGUGGGACGUCCUCACCUGCCCCAACGCCUCCUUCACGGACCUUGCUGAGAUUGUAUCACGUAUCGAGCCUGCCAAGGUGGCUGCAGGGGACGAUGAGUCUGACUACCAGACUGAGUGCGAGGAGGUGCUGCUGGGCGGCCCCAGGGACGCGUACGUUGACUUCCAGAGUGCCCCAGCCGACCAGGGCUCCGACUCGGAGGAUGAGCCCUCGCUUCGGCAUCAGCACUGA